AUGUCCGACUCGGAUGACGCCGGACGCGUAGCGUACGAACUGCUGCGAACUCACGGAGACGUGCGCAAGGCAGAGACGCACGAGGCGAUCGUCCGAGCGCUGAGCUGUGUGAAGGACGACCGACACGGCGCUGAGGUCCUGCAGCGCCAUCACGCCACUGAAUAUGGUCGGGCACCUUUUGUACGCGGACAGGAGCUGCGCGAGGUGUCUGCGAGGAGGAGUCAGCUGCGGGACAAGUGGAGACGCCGGCAGAAGAGUGAGGUACCUGAAGAAGGCGCGACGAUCGAAGACGUGCGCCAGCGCUUUCCCAAGUUGUUUGAAGGCGUGGUGGAAGAGCGGACGGAGCACGAGAAGUUAAAUGCAGCCGCACAUCGUGUUUUAGCUCCAAAGAAAGUAUCAGUGCAUGCAGCAUCGACUUCAGUAGGGGCUGGGAGCGACUCCGUUGUUCCUCUGUCGAACGUGCGAACGAGGGCGGGGUCUGGUAACAACGACGUGAACUUCUUGGACGACAACAUCGCAAACGGACCGUCUGAAACCUCUGUCUUUUCAAUGCCGAGAAAUGCUGCAUCUCGGCCUGAACGAGGGCUGAGUGAACUGCUGAGUAAGAGGUCACGCCUGCCCCAUGAAGACCUCGAGCCAUUCGGCGACGGUGCUCGCCCCAAGCUUUUGCCGCAACGUAGUCCUUUCCAGACUGCUUCAGAACAACUACAGCGUGACAGGAGUACUCGUAAUGUCGAUGACGAUGAGCCGAGAAGCAGAAAUAGAGGGCGGCGGGAUGAUGUGCGUGGUCCUCCGCGUGGAGCAUACCACCCCGUCAACCACAAUCUUCUUUUCGGCGGAGGUGCGAAUGGAGACAACGACGGGUACAUAUCGGGGUCAUCUGCAGUCAGCAAAAAGUUUGUGUCUCCGAUGAACAACAAUGGCACAAACAAAAGUGUCAAGCAAGCUGUGUCCCCGCACGAGGAUGAAAACAUGGACCCACGACUGAAGAGUUGUGAUCCCGAGCUGAUCGAAAAGAUCGAGAUGGAGAUCGUUGACAACGGAGACCCGGUGACAUUUGACGACAUCGCUGGACUGCAAUUUGCGAAGAAGUGCGUGAACGAGCUGGUCAUUUGGCCGAUGCAGCGACCAGAUAUCUUCACCGGACUUCGUUCUCUUCCGAAAGGCUUGCUACUAUUUGGACCCCCUGGUACGGGCAAAACGCUGAUUGGCAAAGCCAUUGCUAGUCAGUGCAAUGCAACUUUCUUCAAUAUAUCGGCGAGCUCCUUGACAAGCAAAUGGAUCGGUCAAGGAGAGAAACUCGUUCGAACUCUGUUUGCUGUCGCGGCCGUGAAACAGCCUUCGGUGAUAUUUAUUGACGAAAUCGAUUCGCUAUUGACGCAACGAAGCUCAGAAGACAAUGAAGCUAGUAGACGAAUGAAGACCGAAUUCCUGGUGCAGCUCGAUGGUGCCGGAACGAAAGCGAAGGACAUCAUACUUGUCGUUGGUGCCACAAACCGACCUCAAGAGCUUGACGAAGCAGCACGUCGACGAUUCGUGAAGCGUUUGUAUAUUCCUCUUCCUUCGCUCGAGGCUAGACUAGACAUGAUCAGCAGGCUGCUCAAGAACAACCAGAACGACCUGACAGGCGAGAAUUUGGCGUUCAUUGCUGAGUCCACUAAGGGAUACUCCGGUGCAGACGUUCGAGCUCUCUGUACCGAGGCUGCGAUGGGUCCGAUUCGAAACUGCGCCGAUAUUCGCACGAUGGAUGCGGAUUCUGUUCGUCCGAUCAACUCAGACGACUUCAAAGACGCAUUGCGUGGGGUACGCUCCAGCGUCGCGGCAAGGGAUCUCGCAUUUUACAAAGAGUGGAAUGACGAGUUCGGAAGCUUUGCUUUCGAGAGCCACGAGGCUUCUUGA